AUGUCAGGUCGUCGCAUCGACCUCGCAAAGUUCGCCGGCUCGGACUCGGAAGGCGAGGACAGCCAGCCAAAGCGCCAACUUGAACUCACCGCCCUCAAGAGUAAAACGUUCUCACAUGGAAUAACGAAGAAGACGAAACGAGAUAUGGAGAAGGAAGCGGAGGAGAAGAAGCGUGUCGAAGAGGAAAAGGCUGCAGCGUUAGUGAUGGCGGAAUUCGAAGAAGAGUUCAACUCUGGGCCCUCCCACCCAAACACCAGCAUGCGUGGAUUCGGCGGUGGCUCUAAUGCGGCACCUAUGGGCCCUCGAAAGGGGUUCGUCAAGGCCGGAGGCGCCCCAAUGGCAUUGCAGGCGUUACAGGGCAACACAGGGUUCCAGCCCCCCAGGGGACCGGCUGCUAUGGGAUUUCAACAAGCGCCGCCUCCGCAUGUUCGGCCUGUGGCACCUUCGGCAUCCAAUGGGCCUAUGAGAAAGAAACGUGCUAUGGACUCUUUUCUCCAAGAAAUCAAAAACAACCAAGACGCCCGAGAACAACGACUGGGCAACAUGGCCAAGAAAGAGGGCUCCUCAGUCUCUGCCCUUGCAGCUUGGGAAUCAGAAACGAAGAACGGAGUCCUAGACCUUCAGACUACCAACUUGUUUGUUUCUAACCUUCCGAGGCAAAAUAUGACGGAGGACACUGUCGGGCUCUACUUUGCCAAAAUCGGCCCUGUUGGUACCGUGAAGAUCAUGUGGCCUCGAGGAGAAGACAACCUUUCUUUCCAACACCGCGGUCUCUCGGGGUUUGUCUCUUAUAUGUCUCGCUCGGACGCUGAAACGGCUGUACGAGAGCUGGAAGGUGCUGAGUUCCAAGGCAACAAAUUGAGAGUUGGAUGGAGCAAAGCAGUCCCAAAACCUUCGAAAGCUUUAUAUGGUGUGUCUGGCCAGCCAUUAAGACUGGUAGAAACUGACAGAAAGGAGAGAUCGCAGAGUCCACCCAGAAAACGCCGUGCUCGAUCAUACUCCUACUCGUCAUCAUCUUCCUACUCUCGCUCGCCUUCUCCAAGAAGAGACUCCGAUGGAGAGACGUGGCUCAAAACCAUACCCGAGGAAAAAGCCAAGUUUGUCAAAGCCGUGGCAGAGAGGGUUAGAGAACAUGGAAGGGGUUUCGAAGAUGUCUUGAGAGAGAAGGAAAAGGACAGUGAGAAAUUCAGCUUCUUGUUUGACGACAAGCUCCCAGAGUACCACCUCUACAAAUCUACGCUUUCAUCACGCUAUCGCAUCCCGAACCCGCCCCAUACGUUCAUCGAUGAAGGCUACGCCUCGAUGUACUCUUCCGACUCUGCCGAGGACUCUGAAAAGGAGCGUACGAGUAAAGGAAAGCUGGGCCGAUUGGCAAAGAGACGAUUUGAAGCAAUGUUGAGGGUGAUGAGUGGUAAGAGAGGAGAGAUUGCACGGGCAAUGGAGUUUGCUUUGACCCACGCGGAGGCGGCAGAUGAAAUAGCAGAGACGAUUGUUCAAUCACUCAUCAUUCCCUCUACUCCUGUCCCUCGAAAACUUGCGCGCCUUCAUCUGAUAUCUGAUAUCCUCCACAACUCUGCCUCGCCUUUGCCCAACGUCUGGCGCUAUCGUCAGGCUUUCGAGGCGCGUUUGCCGCCUGUGUGGGCGCAUUUGAAGGGGGUGGAGACCAGUUUGGAAGCGUACAAGGGACGGAUAAGUGCGGAUGUGUUUGGGAAGAGUGUGGGGAGUGUGUUGGAUAUAUGGGAGAGGUGGAUCGUGUUCAAUACUGAGACUGCCGAGCUAUUCCGUGCUCUGCUAUUGGGACAUAGUUCACUUGACUCUUUGACACGUACCCCACAAGGCAUGUGGGUCGACAAGGCUGUACUUGAAGCGCAAGACGAAGCCAAACGACAAAAGGCUGAAGAAGAGAGACGGGCAAGGGAGAAGAAAGAGGAAGCCGACCAGAGAUUCAAGAGUGGGGGGUUCAAAAGCUCGUUCAAGCGAGUGGACCCGAGCUCGAAUGCUGGGGAAUCGACGUCCCUGGAGAACCACCCUGCUGCCGAGCAAGAUCUGGAUGGCGAGGCGAUGGAAGAUCUUGAUGGGGAGGAGAUGGGCCUCGAUGGAGAAGAAAUGGAUCUCGAUGGAGAGCCAUUUGUCAGUGAGGACUUAGAAGGGGAAGUCAUGGAGGACUUGGACGGAGAAGCAAUGUAA